UGGACUUGAAUUUGAAAUGACACUCUCCUUCCUUUUAGUACUAAUGGAGAUUUCUUGAUUACUGGAUUUGUACAUCUCUUUCUCUCUCUCUCUCUGUGUGUGACUACAAUUCCUUAUGUCCUACAAGUCUUCUUCUUUUACACAACAACAAAAUAAUAACAAUGGGUGGCAACAAGAAAAAGAAAAUAUAAACCCUCUACCAACUGGUCUUAUGAAAAUGUCUCCAAGUCAUGUAGAGAAAAAAAAGUGGGUUUAUCCAUCACGUCGUCCCUUGUCUGAUAUUACAGAGUUGGUAGUAGGACCUAAAAUGAAAGAGAAUCAAACUUGCUCCAUUGAAAAUAUUGAUCAUCAACAACCACAAAAAACAAAAGGAAAACAAAAGCGUCUCUUAUCUCUACGAUAAAUGAAUGGAAUUGUAAAUGGAUAUACUUUUCUCUCU